CAGAAAAUACUCAAAAACUUGAGACGAUAACAUUUUGAAAAGGAAAACUGACAGGAUUUCCUUUAUCUUAUAGCGUGAAAAAAUCGAAAAAUUAAAGUCAAACUUUAACAUUAGCGGCGCGUGAGAAGUGACAGCUGCUGACAUUCGAGUUUUUGCGUGUAUUUGUUUGUGUGGGAAAUUGUUUUUGUAUACUGUUUGGCUGAUUAGAGCUGUGACUUGUUUGUGUUUUAUUGUUUUCUUUUUUUUUUCGUGACCAUCCAUAGCGGGAAUCUGCAAAGGAUAAAAAGUGAAAAACUCGAAAUAUCGCCGAUAAAUAAUCAAAUGAAAAGUGCCAAUUUUUUUUUCUAUUUACUUUUAAUAUCAAUUUUUGUAUCCAGUAUUAUUGAAAACCAUCUAUAAAGAAAAUGAAAGAUACGCCAAUUACCCGACAAGGAGUUCCAACUUACGCUUGUGUUUAACAGAAUGUGUAACUAAAUGCAGUGUUAUAAUCGUGACGGCUAUUCUACACAAUGUCAGGAUACUUCGUUGUCCACACUAAGUGAUCCUACGAAUACACGGCAUUUAGCCCUUAAUGCAUUUGAUAACGGUAGCACUGCCUCCGUGGAAGCCAACUUAGUUCCAUACAACGCGUUAAACGGUUUACAACAAUCGCACCAGCAUUCAGAACAUUCCCCAGCUAAUAAUACUAGCGGCAAUAAUAGCAAGAACAACUGUGAUAGUUUUAAUACGCUAACGUCUCCAUCCUCUUCGACAAAUUCUCCUUUCAAUACGUUAGUCCUCAGUCAAAUGCCACAUUUCGGUUUAGGUGGCGGUGGACCAGGGAUGUCCAACAAUGCUUACGGCCAAACGCCACCUAGUCCGCCAUUGCAUCAUGCCGGCGCUGGUGGCAAUGGUGGUUUAAUGCCCCCGAGCCCUCCGCAUCAACAACACCACCAACAACAACAUCAUCAACAUUUAGCGAUGAUUCCGCGAGGUAUACCGGGUGGCGGAGGCAAUGGUCCUAUAAUGUCAACAGGUUUAAACAGCUCCGUCAGUAACGUGACAACGACCGCUUCAACGUUCCGUUCACAUAUUGCAGAUAAAAAGCUUACCAGAGAAGCUAUGGAGCAUUACAUGAGAGAACGCAAUGACAUGGUCAUUGUGAUAUUGCAUGCGAAGGUAGCUCAAAAAUCCUACGGAAAUGAGAAACGUUUUUUUUGUCCUCCCCCUUGCAUUUAUUUAUUCGGGUCGGGAUGGCGUCGCCGUUAUGAGGAAAUGUUGCAAAAGGGCGAAGGGGAACAAGGAGCCCAAUUGUGUGCGUUCAUAGGCAUAGGAAGUGCCGAUCAAGAUAUGCAACAAUUAGAUUUGAAUGGCAAACAAUAUUGCGCGGCCAAGACCUUAUUCAUUUCGGACUCAGAUAAGCGAAAACAUUUCAUGUUAUCGGUAAAAAUGUUUUAUGGUAACGGUCACGAUAUUGGAGUUUUCAAUUCAAAACGCAUUAAAGUGAUUUCGAAACCUUCGAAAAAGAAACAGUCAUUAAAAAAUGCUGACUUAUGUAUAGCUAGCCGUACAAAUGUGGCUUUAUUUAAUCGUUUACGCUCACAAACGGUAUCCACACGUUACCUGCAUGUUGAAAAUGGUCAUUUUCAUGCGUCUUCAACGCAAUGGGGAGCCUUUACCAUUCAUUUACUGGACGAUAAUGAAUCGGAAUCGGAAGAUUUUAAUGUCCGUGAAGGUUAUAUACAUUAUGGUGCCACAGUGAAAUUGGUGUGUUCUGUAACUGGUAUGGCUUUGCCACGUUUAAUAAUACGUAAAGUGGAUAAACAAAUGGCUUUGUUAGAGGCAGACGAUCCCGUUUCCCAAUUGCAUAAGUGUGCCUUUUAUAUGAAGGAUACCGAUCGAAUGUAUUUAUGUUUAUCACAGGAAAAAAUAAUACAAUUCCAAGCGACACCCUGCCCUAAAGAGCCCAAUAAGGAAAUGAUUAAUGACGGAGCUUGUUGGACAAUCAUUUCAACGGAUAAGGCGGAAUAUCAAUUUUUCGAAGGAAUGGGUCCUGUCUCUUCACCCGUCACACCAGUACCUAUAGUUAAUUCAUUAAAUUUGAAUGGUGGUGGAGAUGUGGCCAUGUUGGAGUUAAGUGGUGACAAUUUUACUCCUCAUUUACAGGUUUGGUUCGGCGAUGUGGAAGCCGAAACUAUGUAUCGCUGUACGGAAGUUCUCUUGUGUGUGGUCCCUGAGAUAUCGCAAUUUCGGGGGGAAUGGUUAUGGGUACGCCAACCUACCCAAGUGCCCAUAUCGUUGGUACGUAAUGACGGCAUUAUUUACGCUACAGGGCUAACGUUCACUUAUACACCUGAACCGGGACCAAGAACGCAUUGUACCCAGACCGAAGAAGUAAUGCGGGGAACUCGUCAUAAUAAUAAUAACAUUACCGGCAUGAAUAAUAAUAAUAAUGUGAGCAGUGCUCACUCGCCCAGUGAUAGUAGUGCAACGGCGGGUCUCAAUAACAAUCACCUGCAACAGCAGCAAGCGCUGCCCUCAAUGUCAGAAGUGCAAUGGAAUGCUCAUGCAGGAGGUUUAUCCUGAGUGCUAGCCAGCUUUUUUUGUUGGCAUUUGAAAUUGUUAGUUUUUUAACCUUUCCUCCUGCUUUUUCUUUUCAUUUUGAAACUAAGUAUUUAUAUUAAUUUUAAAGUUUAGUAAUAAUUUUCUUUCGAAUUUUUCUCCUUUAGCAACCAGUCUCUUGUCACUUUUUAAGAAAAAAAAAAAAAAAAACAAAAAAAAAAUUUAUUAUAAAACUAAAUUUAUUAUAAAACUAAUUUUUUUUUUUUUUUUUUUUUAGUAAUUUUUGAUGCAUGUAUAUAAAAGUGUUAUUUACAACUUUUUCGUAAUGACACCAGACAAAAAGCUCAUUUUUAUAUGUAUAUAUAUAUAUCAAUUUUAUAUAUGUUUGUAUACAUAUUGAUUAUCACAACCUUUUCACUAUACUAUGAUCAUUAAUGAAAACUGUUGACAUAAACCAUUUGUAACCUACAUAAAUUUGGGUAUUAUUAAGAC